CUCUCUCUCUCUAUUCCCCAGAUCUGAUCUCUCCACACUCCAUCCCUCGCACACUCGCUUCCUCCACUUCCUCCGCUCCACCUCUGCCAGGAACCAACCGUCGUGCUGCGAUCCGUGGAGAUCUCGUUUAGGAUUUCACAAAAAUCGGCAGGUCUUUCGUUUUCAGACUCUCGGUUACUGAACUCUGAACACCUUGUGCUGUUUCGAAUCCUAUUAUACUGCAGGGUCUCGUAUGCUUGGACAUUGGAUGUCAUUUUGAGUAUCCUGAUACUUAGCUCUCUGCUAGAGCUCUAUUUCCAACACGAUGAGGGGGAGAGAUGGAGGCCAAAACAAACACUUGGUCCCAUCAUUGUGUAUCGGGUUGCUUUGUCUAAUCUUUUUGGUUCUAUACUAUGGCUCCUUUGGCACUCAAGGGCAGCAUGCUAACUCUGCAAUUGAAUAUGGUACCAAAUUUUCAAGAACGAUUGGCUGGUCUAGUGUGGAUAAUUCAGAGUUAGGAAAAUCGGAUGAGUCUAUUUUUAGUCAGGAGGGAGAUGAUGGCCUCGUACCAAAAAGCUUUCCUGUCUGCGAUAAUCGACAUUCAGAGCUCAUUCCUUGCCUAGACAGAAAUCUUAUUUACCAGACAAGACUUAAGCUAGAUUUGUCUCUGAUGGAACAUUAUGAAAGACAUUGCCCACAGCCUGAGAAGCGCUACAACUGUUUGAUUCCUCCACCAACUAGCUACAAGGUACCAAUAAAGUGGCCACAAAGCAGAGAUGAAGUUUGGCAAGUAAACAUUCCUCACACACAUCUGGCACAUGAGAAAUCUGACCAGAACUGGAUGGUGGUAAAGGGAGAUAAGAUUGUUUUUCCAGGAGGUGGCACUCAUUUUCAUUAUGGAGCUGGUAAAUAUAUUUCACACAUUGCAAAUAUGCUUAACUUCUCGAACAAUAUAUUAAAUGAUGAAGGAAGACUCCGUACUGUUCUGGAUGUUGGUUGUGGAGUUGCUAGCUUUGGAGGAUAUCUCUUGUCAUCUGAUAUCAUAGCUAUGUCUUUGGCACCUAAUGAUGUUCAUCAAAAUCAGAUUCAAUUUGCACUUGAGAGGGGAAUUCCUGCCUACCUUGGUGUCCUUGGUACAAAGAGGCUUCCUUAUCCAAGCAGAUCUUUUGAAUUUGCACAUUGUUCUCGAUGUCGAAUUGAUUGGCUGCAAAGAGACGGAAUCCUUCUCCUUGAGUUAGAUAGGUUGCUUAGGCCAGGAGGCUAUUUUGCUUAUUCAUCUCCUGAAGCAUAUGCACAAGAUGAAGAAGACCUGAGAAUUUGGAAACAGAUGAGUGCACUAGUUGAACGAAUGUGUUGGAAGAUUGCUGCCAAAAAGAACCAAACUGUAAUAUGGGUUAAACCAUUGACAAAUGAUUGUUACAUGAAGAGAGCACCAGGAACUCAGCCACCUCUGUGCAAAUCUAAUAAUGAUCCAGAUGCUGUAUGGGGCGUCCCAAUGGAGGCUUGUAUUUCUCCUUACUCUGAACAGAUCCAAAGAGACGAGGGAAGUGGAUUGGCUCCUUGGCCAGCUCGCUUGACUACCCCUCCUCCACGCCUUGCUGAUUUUGGUAUUUCAACAGACAUGUUUGAAAAGGACAUGGAAAUCUGGCAUCAGAGGGUUGAUAGCUAUUGGAGCCUAUUGGGUUCAAAGAUCAGGCCAAAUACACUGAGAAACUUGAUGGAUAUGAAAGCAAACUUGGGUUCAUUUGCUGCUGCUCUAAAAGAGAUGCCUGUUUGGGUUAUGAACGUUGUACCAGAAGAUGGACCUAACACCCUCAAGAUAAUUUAUGACAGAGGCCUAAUUGGCACUACACAUGAUUGGUGUGAGGCCUUCUCAACGUACCCUCGGACUUACGACCUCCUUCAUGCUUGGACCGUUUUCUCCGACAUUGAAAAGAAAGGAUGCAGCGCUGAGGACCUGCUACUCGAGAUGGACCGCAUUCUUAGACCAACUGGUUUUGUCAUCUUCCGGGACAAGAAGCCAAUCAUAGACUUCAUCGACAAGUAUCUGACGGCCCUGCACUGGGAAUCAGUAGCUAUUGCAGACGCCGAAUCCAAUUCAGAGUUGGAAGACAAGGAAGGCAUAUUAGUGAUACAGAAAAAGCUGUGGCUCAUGGAUGAAGGCACCAAGGAUUCAGCAUAAUGCCCUUGGAUUCAUGGAGCUAACUAAAAGAAAAAUAUGAAUGUCUUAUAAAUCAAUUCUUUUGGUAUUCUUGGUGAGACUUGAAUCCCUUGAUGACUUGUUGGUAUUAUGUUUGUAGACUAAAGCAGUUAAGUGCUGUCAUUUAGCACGUUCUUAUUCUUCUCUGAUAGCUUCUUGUUUCUCUGAUAGCUAAUUGCCAUCUUUGCUUUGUGGAAUAAAAUUGAAUGAUUCUAUUA